AUGGAGGCUUCGUGUUUGGAGUUAGCCCUUGAAGGAGAACGUUCAUGCAAAGCUGAGGAUUUCAGAGCUGGCGUGGCUUUCUUUGAAGCAGCUGUGCAGGUGGGGACAGAAGAUCUGAAGACACUGAGUGCCAUCUACAGCCAGUUGGGCAAUGCUUACUUCUACCUGAAGGAGUACUCUAAAGCUCUUGAAUACCAUAAGCAUGAUCUCACAUUAGCUAGAACCAUUGGGGAUCGCACUGGAGAGGCCAAAGCCAGUGGGAAUCUAGGGAACACGCUCAAAGUCCUUGGGCAGUUUGAUGAAGCCGUUGCCUGUUGCCAGAGGCACCUGGAGAUUUCUCAGGAGCAAGGGGACAAGGUAGGGGAGGCCAGAGCACUGUACAACAUUGGCAACGUGCACCAUGCGAAAGGCAAGCAGCUGUCUUGGAGUCUGCCGCAGGAGCCUGGACACCUGCCUCAAGAGGUCAAGGAGACUUUGGAAAGGGCAUCCGAAUUUUAUUUGAGGAACCUGUCUCUGGUGAAGGAGCUGGGAGACAGAGCUGCUCAAGGCCGGGCCUAUGGCAACCUGGGCAACACUCAGUAUUUGCUAGGCAACUUCAGCAAAGCUGUUGCUUUCCAUAAAGAGAGACUUGCCAUUGCCAAGGAGUUUGGGGACAAGGCAGCGGAAAGGAGAGCGCACAGCAAUUUGGGCAAUGCCCACAUCUUCCUGGGAAGGUUUGACAUCGCUGCUGAGUACUACAAGAAAACUCUACAGCUCUCCAGGCAGCUGAAGGACCAAGCUGUGGAGGCUCAGUCGUGCUACAGCCUUGGGAACACAUACACCCUCCUCCGAGACGACGAGAGGGCCAUAGAAUACCACCUGAAGCACUUGACAAUUGCACAGGAGCUUGAGGAUAGAGUGGGAGAAGGUAGAGCCUGCUGGAGUUUAGAAAACGCCUACAUCUCCAUUGGGAGCCAUGAACAAGCCUUGCACUUUGCAAAGAGACAUCUGGAAAUCUCCCAGGAAAUUGGCGACCACAGUGGGGAGAGAACUGCUCGUGCAAACAUUGCACAUUUGAAGUCUCUCUUGGGUCUGCAGCCAAACGAGGAUGAACAGGGGACGCCCGUUUGCUGCACCAGCUAUGAAGCGCAAGGGGCCCGACCAAAGAAUGUCCAGAGGAACAGCAUGAGCAGCGCUGGCGUCUUUCAGUUCCCCUCUGAAAAGGACCAGAAUGGAGAAAGUCACCCCAUGACAGAUCUGAAGACAACCGGGAAAGAUUAUUUGUCACUGCCUGCCAGAUCCAAUAACUACAGCCAAACCAUUUUUGAAACAAAACCUCCAGUGCCUAGCGGAUUCCCAUUGGAAGCCAGUGAUGUCCAAGUCCAGUUGAAAAUCAAGAGGGCCCCUUCAGAAGAGGAGUGCUUCUUUGACUUGCUGAGCAAAUUCCAGAGCAAACGAAUGGAUGACCAGCGCUGUACACUGGAGGAAUGCCAGAAGGAGACGGGAGAAGCCGCCCCCACACCACGGCCUGUCCUGGAGGAGAGAAUGUCCCAGUCCUCAUCCAUGGCUUCUCCGCAGACGGAGGCGCUCUUUGACCUCAUCGCCAGCUCCCAGGGCCGGCGCCUCGAUGACCAGCGUGCGAGCGUGGGGAGCCUCCCGGGCCUGCGCAUCACGCACCACAACCUUGGCCACCUCUGCGUGGAGGGCAGCGCACAGGAGCCAGGCGACGAGUUCUUCAACAUGCUCAUCAAAUGCCAGUCGUCCCGCAUUGACGACCAGCGGUGCGCUCCACCUGCCUCCCUCCCCCAUGGCCCCACCAUGCCAGACGAGGACUUCUUCAGCCUCAUCCAACGUGUUCAAGCCAAGCGCAUGGAUGAGCAGAGGGUGGACCUGACCUCAGCCCAGGAGGAGGAGGAGGAGGAAGAGCAGGCAGUGGAAGCGGAGCCGCUGGGUCCGCAGCAGAGGCCCAGCUCCAGCUAAGGGGCCAGGGCAAGGGCGAGGGCAGAGCUCGCGUGUGGAGUGCCGUGCGCCGAAUGGAUGAGCCCAGUGGAUGAGACCCAGCUUUGUCGCCAGGAACAUCGACUCCUCUCUGUGCCACCCCCUCUUAGAUGGAAAGGGUGGUGUGCGAACUGUACCUUGGCUGCUUCUUGCUCUUCCUUUGCUAGACUCAGACGUGGAUCCCCAUGAAGACGACAAGAUCGGUGGCCACGGGGAUAGGGGUGUUUAUUGAAGUCUGCUUUUCUCUGCAGCCGAGCCUGAUCUCUGGAGGAAGAAUGGUGCUAAAAACAGAAGAUGAGGGAGAGAGAUCCAAUGCAGGGAUGGAGUUAGGAACAUUCUCGGAGGAUAAACCUGCCAGCACUUAUUAGUCUUGAUAACGGAGAAGGGAAACUUCCGAGAAACACGGUGAGGACAACCUUCACCUCCUUGCCAGGUGUGCCAAUGCCCGGAAGCCCUCGGCUGUUGGCUUCUGGAGGCAGAAUGCUGGGUGGGCAGAUGCCAGGAGGGACUGAUGCGGCUGGCCGGCCCGCCCUUGGCAUUCGGUGCCCGUGGGGGCACUCCCCACAGACAGCCGAGGGCCUGCCACCGGAGCCCCUCAGCGAGCCCUCAGGCGCCUGAACGGGGCAGCCCAGAGCCUCUGCUCUCAGGCCAGGCGGUGCCUCUGCUCCCAUCAGUCCCAGCUCCGUGCCAGGACCACACGCAGUCCCAGGAUUCCCAAGUGAACCGUGGUGGCCACGGUGUUAUCGGCAAAUGAGCGGCCUUGGCGUGAGCCUGGCCAACGGACUGGCUUUGUUCUCCGCUCAGAGUCUGAGUUGCUUGAAAUAACUAGGAAGAGGAGUGGCCGCUUGCCUGGGGCAGAGGUGCCCAGUGCGACCAGGAAGGGCCCUGCCACCCGACAGAGAUGGAGACUUUUACCACCAGGGUGGCUUGUGGUGCCAAUGCUCCUCAUAAUUCUUCCCAAGUAGCUCAUUCCGCAUGAAGUUCAUGGACGGAUAGAAGGCGAUGUUUCUUUUCAGCCACCUCAAUGGCCAGUGAAUGAAUUUUCAUUUGAAGUACUUCGUGGUACGCUCAGCUCUUGCACAUCUUUAGUUUGGUGGGGGGCAGAUAGUUCUUCUUGCCACCUUGCCCACCUUGAUUGUAUUUGAGCUCCUUAGGCCUGGCUGGCCCUGUUCUGCGUGAGAGACCCUCCAGGGCAGUGGUUUGCCUCUGCACUUUUUCCACCGCUGGAACCUCAGCCCACCCCAAAUGGAAGACAGCGGUCCUGUUGCGUUCCAAAUGCAUUUGUGGCCUCCGUGGUUCACAAGUCACUAGCAGGUGCCUGUAAACUAUCUAUGCAACAGAAGAAUCUAAGACUCCGUUUUCGUGCCAGCCCUGGGAGCGGGGAGGGGGGGAACGAUGACAACGACGUGUGGCUCCAAGAAGAUCCCGCCCACUCCGCCCCACCCCCUUCUCCUCUCCUCUCCGCUUCAGCCAGCCUGGCUUUUGCGGCACAGUUCUCCUCAGCUCUCCUUGGCACUUGUCUCUCACCAGGUGCAGCAGGAGCAAAUAAGCCCACGCUGGAAGGCUGCCACGAAGGGGGAAGGGACCGUCCUCCGGCCCGUCUCUGUGGCUACUCAGGUCCACGAGGAGAAGGGCUGCACAGGCCGCACCUUCGGCCAUCUGUGCUGGAGGAAGAAACCGGGAAGCUGCGCGUAGGGCGAUGGUAGGCAGGAAGGUUGCCCAGAAGCUGCACCGUCCUUAGACUCCCUCCUGGACUCUCCCCCCUCCCCCCAAAUCACACUCGUCUCACAUUCGCCCCGGAGAUCAGACCCAGUCCUGGUCCCUCCCUCUUGUGUAAAGGCUGGAAUGUGUCACAAGACUGCCAGGCCAGAGGCAGGGAAGUCUGGCACCCCAGUGGCCAACGCUGUGCCAGGGCUCUUGCCAAGCCCGACGGCCACAGGCCUCCAGGA